AUGAAGAAGAAGCAGCAGCACGGCGGCGGGGAAUGCCCGGCGCCCCGGCCCCCCGCGGCAGCGGCGGCGGGAGGGGGCCCGGGCCAGGGCGGGGGCUUGCUGAGGCGGCGGCCCCUCUCGCUGCUGCCCUUCCUCUCGCUGCGCGACUACGUCUUCUGCAUGACCACCCUGCUGCUUUUCUGCUUGGGCUCCCUCUUCUACCAGCUCAACGGGGGGCCCCCGCACUUUCUGCUGGCCCUCCGGCACUGUCUGGGAAAUUCCACUUACCUGGAUGACCACGGACCACCACCCCAAAAGGUACUUCCUUUCCCCAGUCAAGUGGUCUACAACAGAGUUGGAAAGUGUGGGAGUCGAACUGUGGUUUUGCUUUUAAGAAUUUUAUCAGAGAAACAUGGAUUUAACCUGGUUACAUCUGAUAUCCAUAACAAAACAAGACUGACCAAAAAUGAACAGAUGGAAUUGAUUAGAAACAUAAGCACUGCUGAGCAGCCCUAUUUAUUCACUAGACAUGUUCAUUUCCUCAACUUUUCAAGGUUUGGAGGAGACCAGCCUGUGUACAUCAAUAUUAUUAGAGAUCCUGUCAACCGAUUCCUAUCCAAUUAUUUUUUUCGACGUUUUGGAGACUGGCGAGGUGAACAGAAUCACAUGAUCCGUACCCCCAACAUGAGGCAGGAGGAAAGAUACCUGGACAUUAAUGUAUGUAUCCUUGAAAACUACCCUGAAUGUUCUAAUCCCAGGUUAUUUUACAUCAUACCGUAUUUCUGUGGACAGCAUCCAAGAUGCAGGGAGCCUGGUGAAUGGGCCCUUGAAAGAGCAAAGCUGAAUGUUAAUGAAAAUUUUCUGCUUGUGGGCAUUCUGGAGGAGUUGGAGGAUGUGCUGCUUUUAUUGGAAAGAUUCUUACCUCAUUAUUUCAAGGAUGUGCUUAGCAUCUACAAAAAUCCAGAACAUAGGAAACUUGGCAAUCUGACUGUGACAGUAAAAAAGACCGUCCCCUCUCCAGAGGCAAUACAGGUCCUCUACCAACGCAUGAGAUAUGAAUAUGAGUUUUAUUACUAUGUCAAAGAACAAUUCCACCUGCUAAAACGCAAGUUUGGACUGAAGUCUCAUAUCAGAAAACCAAGUCCCAGACCUGAGUUCUUCAUUCCUUCUCCCCUGGAAACAGAGGAACCUAUAAAUGAUGAGGAAGAAGAUGAUGAAAAGUGGCUAGAGGAUAUCUAUAAAAGGUGA